AUGACCAGUGCUCCACGCGACUCCCCUCAUACCCUCCUACCUCAUACCUCUUACCUCUGCAUCCCUCCCCGCUACGCCCGCUAUAUCCUCUUCACCCUUAUCACCCCACUCACCCUUUUACCAAAUCAUCUAGUCGUUCUCUGCGAUCGCAGUGAAGGGUUCAUCUCGAGCAAACAGCACCAGGCCACGGGUAACGUUGAGCCCGACCCAAGCCUUACGCAACAGAACCUUUCCUCGAGUGCUUGUACAGCACACGAAUCCACCAUUUCGUACCGAUUCCCAUCGUCGUCUGGGAGUCCGUCUCCUCCCCCCAUCCUACCAUCGUCGCCCGAUCUGGCGUAUCAAAACCAACCCGGGCCCUCCGAUCCCUACCUCGCCCUCCCGCCGCCUGAAGACGAGAUCCCUGACCUCGACGAAUUGCCCUCCGAACAACCACCCUCACCCCCACCUACCACACCUGCUCCUACCAUGUCAGGACACCACCGCAUCACCCUCGCCGCCAACCCCCCCUAUUUCGAUGGGGACAAGACAAAAUAUAUGGGCUUCGUGGACUCAUGCACUACCUACAUUGGUGCCUAUCGGUCGGAAUUCUCGCAGGAUGAAACAAAAAUCCUGUUCAUCCUCUCCUACCUCCGCAACGAGGCUGGCACAAGUUGCGCCGCCUCGAGAUGGGCGAUGAACUGGAAACAGCGCAACUUCGAGAGCCUUAGUGGGAUAAAGGCUGGGGUCACCUCGGCAACCUUCUUGGAGGAGCUUCAGAGGGCCUUUGGGGAUUCCAACGCAGAGCAAGUUGCCGCCGCUCGACUCAUGGCCCUCCGCCAGAACAAACGAUCCUUUGCGGAUUAUAUCUCCGACUUUGAGAUGCUGGCUUCGGAUGCGGGGUACAAUGUGGUCACCGCCACCGACGACAAGGGCGAGUACAAGAAGGGGGAUCAAGACAAUAUCCUCAUCGAGUUCCUCGAGCGCGGACUCAGUAGCGAGAUCGCCAGUCGCCUCUACAACACCGGUGUUCCCCUGCCCAAGGUGUAUGGCGCCUUCAAGGACUGGUGUGUCAACAUCGAGGCGAACGCUCUUCGUGACCAGCUGCGCAAAGCGUCGUAUGGGCACCCCACGCAACGACCACCUCCUCAAUUCCGCCCUCAGGCUGCUCCAACGACACCUGCACCUGCUCCGGCUCGACCCGCUGCCAACGAACCGGUUCCAAUGGAAAUCGAUCGCACCCAUGCCCGCAGCCGCAAUGUCAUCUGCUACAACUGUCAACAGCCCGGGCACAUUGCGCGGAACUGUCCGGAGCCAAGGAAGAAGCGCACAUUCUUCAAUCGGGCCACGAUGCUGGAAGAGAUUGAGAACGGGGACAAGGACAACGAGUUCCUCAAGGAGAUCGCCGAGAAGCUGCGCGAGAAGGGUUUUUGA